AUGGCUAGCAUUAAACAAUUACAAUUUUUUCUCACUUUGAAUCUAUGGAUAAAUUUCCUCUGUGCAUACAACAAAGAGCCUAAAUUUAUCCCACUUGUGGUGACUACUUGGGAUUAUAAAAGCGCUACAGAAGUUGCUUGGAAAACAAUUUAUGAUUACAAGGAAAGCGCUAUAAGCGCAAUCGAGGAUGGCUGUUCUCAUUGUGAGAACUUUCAAUGCAGAGGAACAGUCGGUUUUGGUGGAAGUCCUGACGAAAAUGGUGAAACAACUUUAGAUGCUAUGUUAAUGAAUGGCAAAACGAUGGAUGUCGGAGCAAUCGGUGGACUUCGCAACGUGAAAAACGCGAUCUCGGUUGCCAGACACGUUUUAGAGAAUACCGCCCACUCGUUUAUCGUUGGUGACCUCGCCACAGAAUUCGCCCUGAAAAUGGGAUUUAAAAACGAAUCUUUACAAACCGAAACUUCACACGCAAUGUGGAAACAUUGGAAGGCCGACAAUUGCCAACCCAACUUCUGGAAAAAAGUAGUGCCAAACCCAACUACCAGUUGCGGUCCGUACCAUCCAGAGAAUUGGUCAUCUAACAAUCAUAAAUACAUGCACGCCAACGACGAAAAUCACGACACGAUCAGCAUGAUCGCGAUCGAUAUGCAAGGGGGCAUUGCUGCUGGCACCUCGACCAAUGGAGCCAGGAAUAAGAUACCGGGCCGCGUUGGCGACUCGCCGAUCGCAGGUGCUGGGGCUUAUGCCGAUCAAGAGGUCGGAGCUGCUGCUGCUACCGGUGAUGGCGACAUCAUGAUGCGCUUUUUGCCAAGUUUCCUGGCAGUAGAGCUGAUGCGUCAGGGCAUGGAUCCAGCAGAGGCUGCCUUUGUAGCAGUUGAAAGAAUAGCCAAGCACUAUCCGAAAUUCUCAGGUGCUGUGAUAGCACUGAACAAAACGGGACAGUUUGGUGCGGCUUGUAACAAUUUGCCAAAUGGGUUUCCGUUUUACGCCGUCAAUCGGCAACUUGGCGAGCCCACUCUUUACAAUCAAACGUAUAAGAUAUUUAUUAAAACCCUUUAA